UGUAUUAUAUUAUCAGAUUUUGUGUUAUUGUCGAAUUUAUUUAAUAUGUAUGUUUAGGUUUAAUUUAUAUUAUGAUAUUGUAUAUAACUGUUUUUUUUUUCUAAUUAUCAUAUGUAUAUUAUGUUUAGGUUUAAUUUGUAUUAUGAUAUUGUACAUAACUGUUUUUUUUUUCUAAUUAUCAUAUGUAUAUUAUGUUUAGGUUUAAUUUGUAUUAUGAUAUUGUAUAUAACUGUUUUUUUUUUCUAAUUAUCAUAUGUAUAUUAUGUUUAAGUUUAAUUUAUAUUAUGAUAUUGUAUAUAACUGCUUUUUCUAGUAUUGAUUCUAGUAUUGUUUUUAUAAUAAUUAAUUAUUUUUAUUGUUUGUCUUUAUUUCUAUAUAGAAAAUGACAAACAAAUAUGUAUCAUUUUUGUUGUUUACAAAUGACCAUAUGAUUGACGGUGUUGAUAGGGUUGAUUACGAUCAACCUCCAUGUGGAAAUUUUAGCAUAAAUUCAAAUAGUAGAAUUGUGUUCGAACAAUUCCUCUAAAUGGUAGGAUUAUCACUUGGUGUAGAUAUGGGUUCAAGCCAGAUAGAGAUAAUAUAUAGACACCCUAAUUUAACCGCAUCUGAAACAGUAAGGUUUAUGUCAUUCCCUAUUUCAAACGAACAAGAAAUGAACACCAUGUUUUCAAUUGCACUGUCGUUUCCAAACAUGGUGCAUCUGUAUGUGACUGUGAGUAUGGUAGAUUUGGCCAUAAACUUAAAUGUAGAACCGAAAUAUGUUGAUGUUGACCUAGAGUCAGAUGCACCACUAGUGUGCCAUGAAAAAGAAAUGGUAGCUACCAACGAAUACACAGAGUUUAGAACAGAAACUGAUGACGAAUUUAAAGAGAUGGAUUUCAAUGGCUGUGAAUAUGGAGUUCCAUCCAAUACAUUCACUGAUUUAGACAUGAAUGCAGUAGAUGACAUUCAAGAACACGAUCCAAUCAUAGUUCCGAUGGUGACCGACAACACCAAAUUGUACACGGGAAUGAUUUGUGAAAAUAAAGAAAUGAUGCAACAUAUGGUUAAGUGCUUUGCUAUUAAGAGUCACGCACCAUAUGAAGUAGUAGAGUCUACACCGACAAAGUGGGUCAUCCGAUGUAAGAAGUCGAACGAAUGUUGCAAAUGGAGACUUCGUGCAAUAAUGAAAAAAUCUCAUGGUUUAUUUGAGAUCACAAAGUUAUCUAACCAACAUACUUGCUUUUACUCAGAACUUAGUCAAAGUCAUGUGCAAUUGGAUUCUUCAAUGCUUGCACGAGAGUUUUUUGAAUCUGUCAGAGAAAAACCAUCAAUAAGUGUUGCGUCACUACAAUCCAUGAUCAAGGAAAAGUUUGGCUAUCAUGUUUCUUACCGUAGGGCUUGGGAUGGUAAAAAAAAAGCAGUAGCCAAAGUGUUUGGCGAUUGGGAUGAGUCGUACAAAUUAUUACCUAGGUGCUUAUAUAUGGUGAAGCAUACCAAUCCUGGAACACUUCUUGAAUGGAGGGUACAACCACACCUAUCGAAGGCCAUGUCAUCUUAUCAUCGGUAUUUUGGGCAUUUGGUCCCUGUAUAGAAGCCUUUAGUAGAUGUAGGCCACUUAUUCAAAAUCGACGGCACUCACCUGUAUGGCAAGUAUCGAGGAAAUUUAUUAAUUGUUACAUCUAUUGAUUCGAAUGGUCAUAUUCUACCAUUAGCAUUUGCUGUUGUUGAAGAAGAGUCUGCAGAUUCAUGGGGAUGGUUUUUACAACAUCUAAAACAAAUUGUGACCCACGACGAGGUAUGUUUAGUUUCCGAUCGACAUGCUGGCAUUAUAUCGGCGGUUAACAAUCUAGAUAAUGGAUGGGCAGAAGUGAAUUGUCAUCAUAGAUUCUGUUUACGUCAUGUUGUCAGUAAUUUCUACAAAAGCUAUAAAUUCACACCAUUGAAGAAUUAUGCUUACCGUGUCGGGUGUCAAUUUCAGAUCUGAAAGUUUGAUAAAGCCAUUCAGGAUCUAAUGAGAAUAAACAGUAGAUGCAUGAGUUUUUUUGAUGACAUUCCUAUAGAGAAGUGGACUCAAGCACAUGACGGAGGAUUUCAGUAUGGGUGGAUGACGACAAAUCUAUCGGAGUGCAUGAACGGAGUUUUCAAAGGAGCUCGAAUGUUGUCGAUAAAUGCUAUAGCUCAAAUUACAUUCUUCAAAUGUGUGAGUUACUUAAAAAGGAGAGAGGAAAUAAAAGUUGUGUUGGAACGUCGAGAUAAAUAUACCGGGUAUGCACUUGAGAAAAUAUUAAAAUGGUCUGUAAGAUCCAGUAAGCAUGAAGUACAAUCAUAUGAUCGAUCUGAAGGCAUAUUUCAUGUAAAAACUGGACGUCACGAAUUAAAUUCUAAAGAAGGAAAUAUCCAAAUAUUGAGGCUAAGUGCUUCAGAGCGGUACUGUUCGUAUAAUAAGUGACAAGCCUUUGGUAUUCCAUGGUCGCAUUUUAUGGCAGUUUGUUCACGGUUUAACAUGAACUAUGAAGACUUUGUUGAGGACUAUUAUAAAAUAUCAACUUACGUUGCAUGCUAUGCGCCUCAGUUUCAACCUGUACCGCAUGAAGAUUAUUGGAUCACACCUACAAGUAUGCCUGUCUUACUGCCAGAUCCAUCGUUGUUGAGAAAAUCAGGUAGAUCAAAGAGUUCACGUUAUCACAACGAGAUGGAUUGGACAGAACAAAGUGCUCAACAACGAUGCUCAUUCUGUAGUCAACUUGGUCAUAACCGAUGGAGGUGUACUUUGUUAAGGAGACAGGCACCUGAUAGUUAGACAUCUUUCUUUAAUGCCAUUGAUUUGUACUUUUUUUUGUGUAGAUAAUGUAUUAAACCAAAGACCAAUUGAUCCGGACGUUUUAUAUGAUCAGAACAUUCACCGAUCAGAAACUGUGUGGGAUGAUCAUAAUACGCUCGAGAUAAACUGUAGACGACGUGAGACAGUUGUCCAUAGGGGUGUACAUAAGCCGAGUUGGAGAAAAAUGUGGACCAACCCAAAGUGACCGGGUUGGCAAAAUUUGAACCCUAUCGGUUCAAUAUUCAAGGGUCAACCCAACCCAACCCAACCCAACCCUAAAAAUUCGGGUUGGGCCGGGUUGGGUUGGCGGGUUGGUCUUUUUUUUAAUUAUAUUGUAUUUUAAAAUUUUAUAUUGGUAAGAAUUUAAUUUC